ACCAUCCACACAGAGGGAACUGAAGACGCAAGUGGCGGGCGCAUACACACACACCCACUGCAAUGAGAAGGACUAAAUCUGCUCUGCGUAUACGGAAUUCGCUUGAAUGUAUCUGAGGAAUCUCUGGACGAGGAUUACAAAAUGAUAUGUAAUUUAAAGCGCCUAUAACGGAUCCUUUCUUCAUCUCCUCUCCUUUAUGUCGGGUUUUGCCUCCUGUAUUCAUUGUGCCCAAUGAGAAGAAUUAAGCUAUCCGUCCAUUCAGUUCCACUCAAAAGGAGGGAGGAAAAAAACAGAGGGAGAUGAGAGCAGCAAAUCCCUUUUUUAUUCAUCUUGUAGCGUUCAAUAAGUGAACAAUGUGUCGCCUAUCAGUCACCGAGGGGAUCAGGUCUACGGGACUGUCCCACGCGUUCAGUGCUGUGAGCAGAGCAUCACUAACACACAGACUGUAAGAGCAGCAGCAGCAGCAGCAACAGCGGCACUGGCACUGGCAUCCCAUCCAGGACCCUUUCUGUGACUUCUACACUGAUUUUAUGAAUAAACAUUGACCCACGCUGUCAGUCGCACUGGAAUGUGGAGUGAUAUCAUGCGGGUACUCGCGUUGCUUCUCGCAGUCAAAGCGGCAUGUGUCCUCCUGGUCUCCUCUCUCACUGGCACAGUGGCGGUGAACAACAGCGGCCGGUGGUGGGGUAUUGUGAAUGUGGCGUCCUCAGGCAAUCUCCUCACCAACUCCAAGAACGUGCAGUUGGUGUUGGACCCCAGCCUGGCAUUGCUAAGUCGUCGUCAGAGAAAACUGAUCCGGCAAAACCCUGGCAUCUUGCACGCCAUUGCAGCAGGCCUGCACACAGCCAUCAAAGAAUGCAAAUGGCAGUUUCGUAACCGCCGCUGGAACUGUCCGACCACCCACAGCCCCAACGUCUUUGGGAAAAUUGUCAACCGGGGUUGCCGUGAGACUGCAUUUGUGUUUGCCAUCACAAGCGCUGGUGUUACUCACGCCGUGGCUCGGUCCUGCUCUGAGGGAGCCAUUGAGUCCUGCACCUGCGACUACCGGCGCCGGGGUCCUGGAGGGCCAGACUGGCACUGGGGAGGCUGCAGCGACAAUGUGGAAUUUGGCAGGAUGUUCGGACGAGAGUUUGUGGAUUCCAGUGAGAGGGGCAGAGAUCUACGGUAUCUGACCAACCUGCACAACAAUGAGGCAGGGAGAAUGACAGUCGCAUCAGAGAUGCAACAGGAGUGCAAAUGCCAUGGCAUGUCUGGUUCCUGCACUGUACGAACAUGCUGGAUGAGGCUUCCCAGUUUCCGUGUAGUGGGAGACUUCCUGAAGGACCGUUUCGAUGGCGCCUCCCGAGUCAUAUACGCAAACAAAGGCAGCAACCGUGCAUCCCAUCGAGCUGACCCUCGUCACCUAGAACCGGAAAACCCAGCACAUAAGCUCCCAUCGGCUCGGGACCUCGUGUAUUUCGAAAAGUCGCCCAACUUCUGUUCCUACAAUGGCAAAACGGGCACACACGGCACAUCGGGACGUACCUGCAACAGUUCGUCGCCGGCGCUGGACGGGUGCGAGCUGCUGUGCUGCGGACGGGGAUACAAGACUCGAAUGGAGCAGGUCACAGAAAGAUGCCACUGUACUUUCCACUGGUGUUGUCACGUGAGCUGCCUCAACUGCACCAGUACACAGACCGUCCAUCAGUGUCUAUGAUUGACAAACAGAACAAACUGAUAAACUGGAGGGAAAGGCCUCAAACUGGGUAUUUAAAGAGGUCAUCGGAUGCUCAUUUUCCAGAAGUUGAUAUGAUUCGUUAGGGUCUUAAUGAGAAGUCUAUAACAUACUUUGGUUAAAAUUUCUCAGUGGUAGUGUAAAACACCCUUUUUACCUUGCCAAAAUCAGUUCUUUUCAGAGUGAGCCAUUUUGUUGCAUUUGCCUUUAAAUGCUAAUGAGCUCUGCUCAUCCCGCCCCUCUCUUCUGUGGGCUGACGAGCCACGAGUUUACUUUAGUGGCAUUUAGCCGCAAAACUUGCAAAAUAGCACAUUAUUAAGAAAGGUGAUUUGCAAAGAUGCAUAAAAAACCCUUAUACUCACUUCUGUUGUAGGGGAAGCUGCAUCACGAAUGAUUCGCGCGAACAUAGACGCAUUUAUGUAGAUCGCCAAGCGCAUUUCCUUCAAAAAUGGAUCAAAAAACGGCUCAGAUGUCGGGAGUAAAUGACGACUGAUUUGUUCAUUAUUACAUCCAACAACAAAACACCUCAAUCGCUCAAUCGGAGACAUUUUUGUCUACUCCUGCUUCAGCGUCAAAACAAUGGCAGUCGGACUGUUCUCAGCUCACUCAGGGCGGGUCUAAGGUAAGACGAUGGUGUCAAUCAACUAUUGUGGGAGUGGCCUGGGUUUUAAAAAUACCACUGGGUAGAUUUUGAUCAUUUUAGGGUGGUUGUGUACACACACUGCCAACACACAUUUAUGCUCAAACAGAGAGUUUUGCAUCCGAUGACCCCUUUAAACUUAUAUAGAAAUGAAUAAACAUGGUAAGUUUAAAUACUGGAGAAAAGAGCACGGUUGAAAGGGACUAAACAAUCUGAUUAUUCAAUGCAUUAACUACUGAGAAAAGCACAUGUGCAGAACUCUGAAAAACAUGAUAUUUUGGUGAUGUUACUGCAACACAGGGCUUCAAGACUAAAGAAAUGGGUUACGAACCACUAUGCACAGCAUUAAAAAUACAUUCAUGUAGACAGUUAAAAUUCGGCACGCUGAAGCACUAGUCCCGAGGUUGUCUUCUCUUCUCCCAAUCUCCGUCUCUGGUACUCUGGGGAACAUGGAAGCUAGAAAGUAGUAACUGGACACAGUUUGACAGAUGUUCCUGUGGUUAGCGAACCACAAGCAUGCUCUCUCAUAAACCAGUGCAAAACUCUAACAAGAGGGUGGUUCUUUAAAAUAUUUUAGCGUCUUGUUUUCUUUAGCUGCAGUCCUACUCGUCUCACAUAAAACUGUGUGAAGUGCUUCUCAAGGGAUGGGGCUUCCUUUUCCGAUUACUAUGUAGCGGAAUCCCGAACUCGGCCCAACCUCUCGUGAUUUCCCAUUCGGACCUGCCACGCUUCCCGUCAUUGCUUUGAGUCUCCUGCCAUUUUUUAAUACCAUUUAUUAUUAUGUGGUAUACCAUGUUAUUGUACUGAUGGAAAAGUAUUGGGAAGAGAAAAUUAAGAUUGACCCGAGAUUGACUCGUCGAUUCGGUUUUGACAGAAGCACGUUUACCGUUGGAGAAACUCAAAGCCUUCUUUCGGAAGAGACUUCAUCGAUUACGCACAAGUACAUGGUAGAUUUCAUAAAAGUGUGUAAAGAUAAUCUUGUAAAUGCCCUGCUACCUAGUUUACAGUGGACAAACAGUUCACAUUUAUGUUUGUGAAGAGCCACAAUUAUGGAAACUGUAUUUUGUAUAUCAGCUAAUGUAACCAAAAUGUUGUAAAUAUUAUAAAUAGAUAUGAUCUAUAUAUUUAUGCUGCAACUUGCAAUGUGAGAAGAUGAUUUAAUCUGAAAAUGGGGUGAAGACACUAUAAUUCCAGCCAGUUGUGUGCUAACUUAUACGACGAGGACACGUACAUCUCAGAGACAUGAUUAUUUUGUCAAAUGCCUGAUUUGCUUGUCUCGACACUUGUGUUUUACAUGCACUGAACAGCAUCUUUUAAUAUUGUGAAUGAAAAGUAUUUAUUAUUGUAUGCUGGCUUUUUU